AUGGCGUCGACGGCCUUCCCCUCGCUCUCCUCCACUGUAGCUCUCCCGCCUUCCGCCCUCUGGUCCGCCAAGCUCUCCGUGAGUCCCCCAAGCCUUCCCCCGUCAGCGCACUUGCGCUGCUUUUCCCAUCAACGCGCGAUCUCCGCGCCUGCACUUCCCGCUCACACGCCGAGGCUGCCCGCACUUUAUGCGUCUCAUCGCAUCAUCUGUCCCCUUCCCCCUUACCUCGCGCCGUACCCGACGAACGCGCCGUGGCAAAACUUCGUGCUGGGGCAGGGCGGCAGCCCGGAGCUCGUGAGCCCGUACGUGGUCCAGAGCGGCGACGGGCGCGUCGCGUGGGGGAUACCGGCGCGCAACGCGCAGCCGGCAUACAUCAUCCAAGCCUUCAUCACCAACCUCAUGCUCUCCACGCUGCAAGGCCUUCCGCCGCACCAGGUUUCCGCCUACGACGAUCUCUCCGUUACCCUCUCCUUCCGCCAGCCCUCCUCCGCGCCUUCCGCGCCCCCCGCGCUCGUGGUUCCGCUGGUGCGCGGGUCCCCCUAUUUGACUUUCAUAUUCCCCCAGGGCGGCCCCCCCGCGACGCCCGUGCUCAAGACGAUCCACGCGAUUCUGAGCGUAGAGGCGCGCGGCGACAGCAAGUACCGCGUCGCGCUCAACAACGGCCAGACAUGGCUGGUGUACCUAUCGUCGCCGCUGGCGCUGCGGCAGGACGGAUCGUCGAUUGUGGCGGGCGCGCCGUUCACGGGGACCAUGCGCGUGGCGCUGCUGCCGGGCAACUCCCCGCAGCGCGAGGAGGCGCUGCUGGACGCGCACGUGGCGACGGUGCCGGUGGGCGGACGCGCGCGGGUGGGCGCGUUCCGCAUCAAGUUAAGCUGGCGUACGCAGCAGUGGCGCAAGCUGGCUCCCGGCGGCACCAAAACGCCGCUGCUCAUGCUGUCUCUGCCAGUGCACCGGCGCCUGCGAGUGUUCGCGCACAACCCCACCCCGGCCUCCGCCCUCCGCCGUCACCGCAGCGUCUCCCCUUUCGACAAUAGCGCGCCCGCCAUCCGCGUCUCCGCGCCUGGCGGCCUCUCCUCCACGCGCGCCGACGGCGGGUGGGGCGAGACGGGGUGGGACUCCGACAGCAGCAGCGGCAGCAGCAGCAGCGACAGCGAAACGGGGUCCCUCCCUCAGGGCAAUGCAGCUUCAUGGGUUACGGGACCCGCGUCAGCAGCAGCAUCCGGCGCAAGCGACCCUGCAGCGUCGAACCAGGGAGCCAUGGCAUCAACAUCGGCGUCGCCCGCAUCGUGGCAUGGACAGGUGACGCAAGAUACGGUGCUGUCAUACCCCACCUUAGACGGGCGGGCAAUAGGCGUGAAAGGCGCAGUGUGGGAGCUCAAAGUGCCGAAGACGCCCACCACGUGGCACUCUCCCAGCCUCUCGUCCGACCCGCAGUUGAUGGACGCGCUACGGGCGAGCCUGAAGCAGGACGUCGCGGCGCUGCCGCCGCUCACCACGGCCUCGACAUACUUCUUUGGCAAGGCCGCGGCGCGCGCGGCGCGCCUCGCGCUGAUCGCGGAGCAGGUGCACGACGACGGCAGCCUCGCUGCGGUCCUGCCGCCGCUGCGCGCCGCGCUGACAGCCUGGCUGGACGGAACCUUCCCCGGAAACCGCCUGCUGUACGAUCCCACGUGGGGCGGCGUGGUGAGCGAAGCCGGGUCGCGCGACAAGGGCGCGGAUUUCGGGCUCGGCAUGUACAACGACCAUCACUUCCACUACGGCUACUUCGUCUACGCUGCUGCGACCGUCGCGAAAUUCGACCCGAUGUGGGGUAACCGGUAUCGCGCGCAGCUCGCGGCGCUCGUGGCGGACUACAUGUCGGUGAACCGAACCGCGGCGUUCCCAAGGCUGCGCCACUUCGACGCGUACGAGCUGCACUCGUGGGCGAGCGGGCUGUUCGACUUCGCGGACGGGCGCAACCAGGAGAGCUUCAGCGAGGCCGCGAACGCCUACUACGCCGCGUCGCUCCUCGCGUUCACCUUCGGCGACCUCCCAUUGGCCACGCUCGGCGCCACGCUGGCAGCCGUCGAGGCCAUCGCGGCGCAGGUGCUGAUGCAGGUGCCGGUAGCGGGGAGCUCCUCGUCUCCCCCGCCGUCGCUGUCGCCCGCGUACGAGCCAAUAUUCGCGGACGCGAAUCGCAUGCUGGGCAUGGUGUGGUCGACGAAGCGCGACGCGGGGCUGUGGUUCGCGGCGCCUGCUGAGCUGGACAAGCGCGUGGGCAUCCAGGUGCUGCCAAUCACGCCCUUCCUCGCGCACCUCUUCCCCGACCGCGCGUACGCGCAGCAGCUGGUGGAAUGGGCGCAGCCCGUGCUGAGCGGGAGCGGAGUGACAGACGAGUGGCGGGGGUUCGCGUGGGCGCUGCAGGCGCUGUAUGAUCCCCAGGGGGCGAGGGGUAGAAUCGGCGCGCUGGGUGCUUUUGAUGACGGCAACUCCAAGGCGAACAUGCUCUGCAAGCGCCGUCGUCUUGACCUGAGCACGGCUCUUCUCCUCCUCUCGCUCGUCCUUAUUUCAUCUCUCCACGCGGCGAUGGCCUUCCGCUUCUCCGCGGGGCUCCGCGCGGACAAGCUGCGCAAUAUGAUGCGCGGAUCAGCGCAAGGCUGGCGCUCGACCAGCCAACAGCAGCAGCAACAGAGCGGCGGAGGAAUGGGCGCCGGAGGAAUGGGCGGCGGCGGAAUGGGCGGCGGCGGAAUGGGUGGCGGAGGGAUGGGCGGCGGUGGAAUGGGCGGCGGAGGAACGGGCGGCGGCGGGAUGGGUGGCGGAGGGAUGGGCGGCGGAGGGAUGGGCGGCGGUGGAAUGGGCGGCGGCGGAACGGGCGGCGGCGGAAUGGGUGGCGGAGGGAUGGGCGGCGAUGGAAUGGGCAGCGGCGGAAUGGACGGCGGCAGAAUGGGUGGCGGAGGGAUGGGCGGCGGUGGAAUGGGCAAGGGCGGAACGGGCGGCGACGGAAUGGGUGGCGGAGGAACCGGAGGCGGAAUGGGAGGGGGCAUAGGCGGACCUGGUUCCUCUGCUCCCGGAUCACAAUCAGCCAUGGGUCCUGGGGGGGACAUGGGCGGAAGCAUGGGUGGCGGCAUAGGCGGCGGAGGAAUGGGCGGCGGCGGAAUGGGAGGGGGAGGCAUGGGUGGCGGCGGAAUGGGCGGCGGCGGCAUGGGUGGCGGCGGAAUGGGCGGUGGUGGAAUGGGCGGCGGAGGAAUGGGAGGGGGAGGCAUGGGCGGCGGCGGAAUGGGCGGCGGCGGCAUGGGUGGCGGCAGCAUGGGCGGCGGCGGAAUGGGUGGCGGCGGAAUGGGCGGUGGCAGAAUGGGUGGCGGCGGAAUCGGCGGCGGCAUGGGCGGAGGCGGAACGGGUGGGGGCAUGGGCGGACCUGGUUCCUCUGCUCCUGGAUCGCAAUCAGCCAUGGGUCCUGGGGGGAACAUGGGCGGCGGAGGAAUGGGAGGCGGCGGAAUGGGCGGCGGAGGCAUGGGCGGCGGAGGUAUGGGCGGCGGAGGUACGGGCGGGUCAGGGUGGUUUGCUCCAGGGUCGCAGGCAGCCCUCGGCCAGGGUGGACCUGGGAUGGGCGGAGGGAUGGGUGGAGGGAUGGGGGGAGGGAUGGGGGGAGGGAUGGGCGGAGGGAUGGGGGGAGGGAUGGGCGGAGGGAUGGGGGGAGGGAUGGGCGGAGGGAUGGGGGGAGGGAUGGGCGGAGGGAUGGGGGGAGGGAUGGGCGGAGGGAUGGGGGGAGGGAUGGGCGGAGGGAUGGGGGGAGGGAUGGGCGGAGGGAUGGGGGGAGGGAUGGGCGGAGGGAUGGGGGGAGGGAUGGGCGGAGGGAUGGGGGGAGGGAUGGGCGGAGGGAUGGGGGGAGGGAUGGGCUGA